AUGGGAGACGUCGAAAUGGCCAACAGCGCUGCUGAAUCCAAGCCGGAGAAGCUUCCCAUCACCGUCUCAAAGCCCACCCCCUACACCUUCGACCUGGGCAACAUCCUCGCCAACGACCCCAACCCCCUCGAGCUCCCCGCAUCCGAAGACCUAGAAACUUCCCUCCAAGCAAUCGCCCGCGAUGGCACGCAAUCCCUCCUCAACCAACUGCUCACAACCUGCCAAAUCACCUCAACAGCCGCCAACGGCCCCCUGCCCACCCCCAAGCCACCCACCAAGUGGGAGCUCUUCGCGCGCAAGAAGGGCAUCGGCAAGUUCAACACCAAGCCCGGCGCAACACUGGCCGACAAGGAGCGCCGCAAGAACCUCGUCUACGACGAGGCGAGCGGCGAGUGGGUGCCGCGGUGGGGAUACAAGGGCAAGAACAAGGACUCCGACAACCAGUGGCUUGUCGAGGUUAAUGAGAAGGACUGGAAGAAGGAGGAGGAUGCUGCUGCGAAGGGUAGCAAUAUCCGUGGAAUGUCUCGUACGGAGCGCAAGGAGAAGCUUAAGCGGAAUGAGCGCAAGAUGCGCGCUAAUGAUCGCAGGGCUAAGACUGGGAAGGGUGGUAACUAG